AAUCCGUGCGAUGUUUAGCGCGUUCGUUCCAUGUACCAUUCAUAUUUUUCCGACAGUCUGGCAGCGCACACACCGAGCACACACAGCUGCUCAAGCAAAAGCACCGUUAUACUGUAAAAAUGUCAUUUUCAGUAGCUAAUCGAGAAAAUGAGCUUGUGCUUACCACGCCGAAGCGCAAUGAACUGCUCAAGGAUGGUCCCCCCGUUCGCACCAGGUGUCAGGUUCUGGGCCGCGGUGCCUAUGGUACCGUGUUCAAGGCCAUUUAUCGCGAUCACUCCGUUGCGGUGAAGAUCAUCAAGGGACAGGCUGUCUCCACGCUGCACAAUGAGUCGCAUCUGCUGAACUUGGAACACAAGAACAUUGUGCGCCUCAUAAAAACAGAGUCCGCCGUUGCCUUUGGAAUGGUCAUAAUGGAGUGCCCAAAGGGGCAAUGCCUUCAGCAGAUACUGGAGACGCUGGCGUUGCCACUAUUCCACAGAGUGUUAAUCACGUUGGACAUUGUGGCUGCUCUGCGCUACUGCCAUUGGAACAAGCUGCUGCACCUGGACGUCAAACCAACCAAUAUUUUGGUAGCUCUGGGGCCACGACCCUCCAGCAUGGGUCAUCAUUCCUGCUACCAGCGCAGCUAUAUGUGCAAGCUGUGCGACUUUGGAUCGUCCAUUAAAAUUGGCGAGUACUGUGCCCGCCGGAGCCAGAACAAUGGCAGGGGCACCCUCAGGUACAUGUCUCCGGAAGCCCUGCGGUCGGACCCUCUGUCAGACGCAUCGGACAUCUACUCCUUGGCCAUCACCAUGUGGCAAAUGCAGUCGCGUCGAUUGCCCUAUCACACGCUCACCUGCAACGAGUCCAUCGCUUACCAAGUGGUCAAGCACGAGCUGCGGCCAGACAACUAUGAAAAGCUGAAGGCCCUAUCCGUCGACUACCCCAAGAGAGCACCUCUCGUCGGCUGUAACUGGCUGUACGUGAAUGAAAGCAGUUCUCAGGCGAUGUCGGGCGGCGACCUUUGCAGAAGGGCGAAUAUGCUGGCGUGCCGCAAUCUAAAUUUCGAAACAACGUGCAGCAGCAGUAGCCGUGAGAUAAAGAAGAAGCGCAGGCAGAACCGAUUAGCGCUGUAUUUUGAUAGUCCGGUGCCACACGCAAGCACCAGCACGUGCCUGGAGAGCUCUUACACGGAUCUGUACAGAAGCUGCUGGGUCAGCGUGCCAGAAUUCCGCACAAACUCUUUUCUGCUGAGGAACAAGCUGGAGCUCAUCUUGAGCAGAAGCUCACCCACCGGUCUGCUUUUAGAUGGCAGUGAUCGUGAUUGUGUUCGUUUGUAAUUUGUUUGAAUUUUAUGCUAUUGAUUAAUUGUAUUCUUAUUCAAUCUGUUGAUUGAUGGAUCAGUGUAUUAGAUUAAGGGCAGGAAACACACAGUUUUGGGUCAAAAUUUAUAUUUUGUAACUUCUUUUUUGUUUAUUUUUGUACUUGCUACGCUAAGAAAAUACAUUUAUAAUGUUUAUACGAGCUUAAAGUGA